AUGGAGCUGACGAAUCUCUCUGAACAAGAAAGCCAGGCCAUCAAUAAUUUAAAAAGCCGUGAUGAUAUUGUUAUUAAACAAGCAUACAAAGGAAGUGCAGUUGUAGUGAUCAACAAACCCGACUACAUUGAAGAAGGGAAUCGUCAGCUUUCAAAUUCAAAAUUUUACAAACAUUUAGAAAGUGAUCCUACAAAAGAAAUAAGUAAACAAAUUAAUGAGGUCCUUUCAGACAUGAACAGCAAAAAACAUAUUGAUGACGACACGUACGACUAUCUACAUCCUGAUGAAACCUGCACAGCCGGUCGAUUUUACUUGCUCCCAAAACUCCAUAAAGAAGGGAUUCCGGGAAGUCCGAUAGUAUCUGCAAAUGGCCAUCCAACCGAAAAAAUAUCUGAAUUCGUGGAUUAUCAUCUCAGACCACAUGUUAGAACAAUGCCAUCUUACAUUCAAGAUACUACAGAUUAUUUGCAGAAAAUGGAUUCAUUAAACCCCUUACCAAACAACACAAUUUUGGUAUCGAUGGAUGUGUCUUCUUUGUACACAAAUAUUCCCAAAAAUGAAGGAAUAGUCGCUUGUGAACAGGUAUGGAACAAUCGUAAGGAUAAACAACAGACUGUCUGGUUCAGUCACUGA